AUGGCUGAUGCAGAAGAUAAGACUCAUAUAGCAGAAGACAACCAACAUUUGCAAAAUGAAGAGCACGAGCACGACGAACGACAACUUCCCCAAGAAACAUCACCAAAACUUAUACCAGAACAUUAUAAACCAUCAAUAGAACAAAUUAAUGGUCAUCAUUCUCCAAGACCAAUCUUACCUAUGAAAAGAUCAAAAUUAAUCUCUUCAAAUUCUCAAACAAAUAUAAAUUCACCGUUACAAACAAGACAAGCAUCACCAUUAAUUUUAAAUCCUCCAAUAGAUUCAGAUGGUUUAUCUUGGCCAUCUCAAGGUGCAAGAUCAAGAAUUGAUCAAACUCCAGAACAAGCUUUAGAAAGAGAAAACAAAAUUGCAAAUGCAGUAAGAACAAUAUUAACUGAAUUAGGAGAAAAUGUACAAAGAGAAGGAAUAUAUGAAACUCCUGAAAGAUAUGCUCGAGCUAUGUUAUUUUUUACAAAGGGAUAUGAAGAUAAUAUAAGAGAUGUUAUUAAAAAAGCAGUAUUUGAAGAAGAUCAUGAUGAAAUGGUUAUUGUUCGAGAUAUUGAAAUUUAUUCCCUUUGUGAACAUCAUUUAGUUCCAUUUUUUGGAAAAGCUCAUAUUGGUUAUAUACCAAAUAAAAGAGUUUUAGGAUUAAGUAAAUUAGCAAGAUUAGCUGAAAUGUAUUCAAGAAGAUUUCAAGUACAAGAAAGAUUAACAAAACAAAUUGCAAUGGCAUUAAGUGAAAUAUUAAAACCAAGAGGUGUUGCAGUUGUUAUUGAAGCUACUCAUAUGUGUAUGGUUAGUAGAGGAGUUCAAAAAACUGGGAGUUCUACUACUACUAGUUGUAUGUUGGGAUGUUUUAGAGAUCAACAAAAAACAAGAGAAGAAUUUUUAACUCUUUUGGGGAGAAAAUGA